AUGUCCAAAGUAAAACACAUUAUUAAAACCUCCUUAAAAACCUUCGAAGUUGCCUCGGGGACAAACUUGAGAGCUGCCCUUGUGGAGAAUGGAAUUCCUCUCUAUAAUGGCAAAACAGAGACUUUCAAUUGUGGUGGAAAUGGCACUUGUGGAACGUGUGCAGUGCAAGUGUUGGAUAUUGAUGAAAAGACCUCCGUGAAGGACUCUAUGAAAAGAACGAGUGGUGAGGAAAUGAGAUUGAAACUCCCACCACAUUUCAAUAAGAAUCAAGAUAUUAGAUUGGCAUGCCAGUGUCAAGUGACACAAGAUGUGAGUGUUCAAAAGUUUGAUGGAGUUUGUGGUCAUAAGUUUGAUAAGACUAAAUGGUAA